AUGGUCCUGUCCCAGAGUAGACACCAGGAGAAGAAAGAUGCUGAGAUUCUUGCUGAGGCUAAGAGAAUCACAGAGAUGCGUUUGGCUGCACGUGUAACGUGCGGCAGAUCUGAUGUUGAUGUGUCUGGGAAUGAGAAUGUCGGUCUUGAUAAAGCUGAUGGAGGUCCAGGGUGUAGUGUAUCUCCAUCUUCCAAUUCUCAGCUUCCUGCAACUGCUGUGGCUCCUUCAACACUAACAAUGGCAGAUUAUACCUCUACUCUUGCUUCUCUGCGCAUGCUUCAUGUGUACUUGAGAACCUAUGGACUCGAACAAAUGGUCCAAGCUGCAAGCUCUGCUGUUGGUCUUCGAACGAUCAAACGCGUUGAGCAGACUCUGCAAGAUCUUGGGGUUAAUCUAAAGCCAAAGGUUCCCACAAAAACUGUAUGUGAUGAGCAUCUUGAAUUACGAAAAGAAAUUCUUACACUACUAAACCUUCAGAAGCAGCUACAGUAUAAAGAAUCAGAAGGAUCAUCACACCGUGAAGGGACAUAUGCCGCAAUGCCAGACACUCCAAAGGAUCGUGUUUUCGCAUCGGAGCCAUUCAGUUUUGGAGGAGUUUCAGCUGACAGACCAAUCAAGAAGGAACCAAAGCGCAAGGGUCCUGGAAGACAGGCAGACACUCCUUCACCAGCUCAUAAACGGCCUAGAAAAUUGAAAGCAUCUGAUCUCUAAAAAUGUUGUCUCGGUGCACUUCUGAUUCCCCCUAUUUUCAUUUGCAAGAUUUAUUUCAGUCUGAAGCUUUGUACUAUUUUCAGUUUCUUUAAUUAUGUAGAAGAGAAUACGAAGUUAAUGCGUUAGUAAAUUAAAAGUUGAAAACCAA